GAUAGAUGCUGACUUUGCCUCGAAAAAGCUGGAUGUGGUCUUGGCGGAGGCUCCUAGUUUGUCGCUUCUUAGAGCGACUGGAGCAGGCGCAGAAGUAGAUCGCGCGCGCGUGGUUUCCGCUUUUGUGGAAGCGCUGACGUUCGCGUCGCUGUCCGACAGCAGCGACGCGGCACUGUCGGAGCAAAUUGGUGUCCUUCAAUUCCUUGCAUCCAUCCUCUUGAAGGACUCACACUUUGCAGCGCUUUUCUUCGCAAGGGAGGACUUUCUAGAAGUGCUUUGCAACCGCGGUCGAGCCGCAACGCGACAGUGCGUAUCCACUAAGCGGAGACGAGGAGCAGGCAAGCGCGUGGCAAACGACGCUGCCAUGUACGCAAGCAAACGUCAGCGCCUCGACACCAAUCGACAGACAGAAAAUGGAACAUCAUCGAGUGGCGCGAAUGGCUUCGGGACUAGCGCUACAGGUCUAGCUCUAGGUAGUAGAACUGCCACUGGUGGUCCAGUAGAGGACGAAAGUGAGCUUUUCUUCUGGACACGAUGCGUCCUUCGAAAAGCCAGUGACAACGCGAGA